AUGUCUUGGUUUCUGAACCCGGAUGGCGAUCGCCCCCAACGUAGAAGGCCCGAGAAGCUGAAGGACUUUCCGAAGGACGCGGAUGGCAAGCCCCUGGGGCCACAAACCCCCGGCAACGACCCUGUGGAUCCUGACAGGAAGGUGUCCACCAAGCAAGCUAACCGCCCCUUCCUGGCGUAUGCGCAGUACCGUGCCGAGCGCGAGCAGGCCCAUAAGGAGUGGCUGCAGCGCAAGCAGCAGCGCGAGGAGAAGCUUGCCCGUGGCGAGGAGGUGGGGCCUGAGGAGCCUGACCCGACGGAGGAGGUCGAGGUCGGCUGCCUCGGCCUGCUCAAGUUCAUUCUGUACGCGACCCUGUUCAUCAUCCUCGCGGGCAAGUUCUUCACCGGCAGCUUCCUGUGGGAGCAGGAGCUACCUAACUUGAGACAAUUCAUUCCUACGAACCAGCGGCUGUUCUCCGAGACUCUCCUCGCCCAGUUCGACGGCUCGGACCCUGAAAAGCCUGUGUACAUUGCUAUCGACGGGGACGUGUACGAUGUCAGCGCCGGCCGUGCUACCUACGGCCCUGGCGGCUCUUAUCAUAUGAUGGCUGGGAAAGAUGCCGCAAGGGCAUACGGCACCGGGUGUUUCAAAACGCACCUCACGCACGACCUCCGCGGCUUAAGCGAAAGCGAGAUGAGGGGCGUACAGCACUGGAAGAAGUUCUAUGCCGAGUCAAAGAAGUACCACAAGGUGGGGCGUGUUUCUCACCCCCCCAUCGACCCUGCAAGCCCAUACCCAGAACAUUGCGACCCGAAGAAGGCCGAGGCGGCAAGGGAACGUGAGCGCGAGGCGCAAGCCGAGGCAAGAAAGCACGAAGAGCUUUGAUGCACGAGUUCCAGCGAGUCUCCACUCUCC